UCCAAACCCACGCGUGUCGUUUCUGAUAUUGGCGGCGUCUCGGUGAGUGCGCAAGGUUUGAGUUCGUGUGUUGAGCGAGCCAGACGUUGCUCAUCGUUCUGUCUCUUAACCACACGCUGUCACGAGGAAUCACAACAGCAACGAGCUAUGAACCACCAGCAUGGACAGUUGCCGCACUCUUCAUCAAACUCCGCUUGUCCUUAUAUUCUACCUUCACUCUCCACGCGGCGAAGCCUUGUGAGUGGCGGUCAGCCUGUUGGAGAGUCCACGAAUAUAGGCACACAGAAUUCACACGCAAGACAAGACAACCCGAUCUUUUCGUCAACGAAAGAUCCGAGGAAUGCAGUACAAGGAUACGGGGGUGCCAAGCCAGAUGGUCGAUUUGCAGUUCCAGUUCCACCUCCUAAGCGUCUCUAUCCUCUCAACCACAGUAGAAGGACGGCGAACAUGUAUCAGAUGGCUGUACAGUCUCCUGCACCUAGUGACGUGUCGUCUAUUCGUUUGACGAGUGAGCCGUUGAGUGGCGUGCCGUUUGCAGAGUCGGCAUACAUGCCGGCCGACUGGUCCGGUGCGCAACGUGUAUUACCUCCGCUUGCUACUCUUGACAACACGCAGCAACAAAAUCUCGCCAACAGUCAACAACAGCUUGUUGCAGGAAUGAGCGACAUCGACAUCGGCAGUGGCCUUAGCAUCGACCCCAGCUUAUUAGAUUCGAAUCUUUUUCCUCUCAAUUUGUCAGAUUUGUCAUCUCUGAUAAGGAAUUCUCCAAAGCCUUUCAUUGGGGCCAAGAGUGCUAUUGCAAUAAAUAGAAAACGAGCUCACUCGAUAUCUCCAGCGCUGUCAGAACUGAUGGAUCUUAAUUCCAUCAUCAGAUCUUCUCCCACUUCUCUGCUUGCGUAUUUAAACGGAGGCGGAACUGCACCUUUUCCUGCCUUUGCUUCCACUGGAUCUUUUGGCCAUCAGCUUGGCAGCUCUUCUACAAAUCCAAGUAAAUUGCCCAGAAACCCGUACGUGACAUCCUCUGGAAGUGAAGCUUCUAGCGCUCUAAUGAAACCUCGGAUCAGUGGCCCUGCCUAUGUUAAAGACAAUCCUCAGGUUGUAGCUUUGCAAGCAGCUUUUUGCAAACAACAGCAGCAGCAGAGACAACUGACACAGAGACAGCAACAACAGAUGCAGCAGCAGCAACAACUGCAAGAACAACAGACACAUCGACAGCAAAUACAGCAGCAGAUAGAACAACAGCAGAUUCAUCAACAGCAAAUAAUGCAACAGCAACAGAUGCGGCACCAACAUCAGCAGCAACAGUACCAGCAUCACAUGCAGACUCAGCAGAUGCAGCGGUCAGAACGUGUGCCAGUUGGACCAAGUUUUGUGCAGCAUCAUAGACCAACCAAACCACAGCAGGUCCCAGUAAGUCAAGGUGUUUACCCUUCAUCCUCAUCAUUUAAUUUAUUACAAGUGUCUUCUGGCAAUGGGCCAUAUCAGCAGACUGACUUUAGUGGUGGUUAUCCUCAAGUCAGCAGCACUGGUACACAGGCUUUGCCUCCUCCUCUUCAUCAUAAGCCUUAUAAACCAUCGAAUCCUGUGGCUUCUAGGAGUCAGAAUGGAACUCCUUACAAUGGAUCUGCAGUUGCUCCUGGUGUUUAUCCUCCUCCACAGACUCAUGCUCAGCAUCAGUAUUCUUUGCCACAGUCUACCACUCAGUACCCAUCUGGAAAUGGCCAGUUCUGUGAACAGGUUGUUGCUUUGCAGCCACAUCCACCUGUAGUGGACAGAGGGUCUUUAGAACAAGUACGACUGCAGGAAGUGCACACUCAUCAUCAGCACACCACUAUGAAUUUCUACUACAAUCAAACAGCAAAUAAUGUACAGGAUCCACGUGGCCACCAGCAGCAUAUGUCGUAUGAAAUUGAGCAACCAUCUCAUACAACAGCUGCGUAUCCUCAAUAUGGGCAGACCUAUGCAAUGUAUGGAGAAGUUGGUUCUCCAGAUGGCAUGCUAGAAGGUGGCCUUUUUGAAGAUGGAGAAGAACUGAGGCAGCAUAUUUGUAGAUGGGCUGGAUGUGAUGUUCUGUUCAAGGAUCAAGAUGAACUGGUGAGACAUCUUGAGAAGAUACACAUAGAUCAGAGGAAAGGGGAAGACUUCACAUGUUACUGGCAAGGAUGCACACGAAGUCACAAGCCAUUCAAUGCAAGAUAUAAACUCUUGAUUCAUAUGAGAGUUCAUUCAGGAGAGAAGCCAAAUAAAUGCACGUUUGAGGGUUGCAACAAGGCAUUCUCACGACUAGAGAAUUUGAAGAUACAUCUUCGAAGUCACACAGGAGAAAAGCCAUAUGUUUGCACCUUUUCUGGAUGCAACAAGGCCUUUUCAAACUCAUCAGACCGAGCAAAACAUCAAAGAACUCACUUGGAUACAAAACCAUAUGCCUGUCAGGUUCCAGGCUGCACAAAACGGUAUACUGACCCAAGCUCUCUUCGCAAACAUGCAAAAACUCACACGCUCAAAGACCAACAGCAGUUAAAGAAGAAGUCAAGGUCAGUUGAUACACCGCCUUACACAGGACAAAACCAGCUUCAUGAUUGCUUGACUAUUGACCGAAUACAACCUCACAGUAGGUCAUCAUCACUGGAAGGAUCUGAACAUCAAAUGACAUUAGGAUUUAUGCCUCGUCAACAAGCAGUACAGCAGUACAGUCCUAAUGUUAUGGUUACCCAUGAGGGUUUCUCCCACUCACCUAUGGACUAUCCUCCUUACAUCCCGGCUGUUGCUGCAUCCUUUACAUUUUCUGGUCCACAACCAUCAGGCUAUCCUCCUGUGUCAGUCAGUGCUGACUCGGUGCAGUAUGAAUCACAAGGGAAAUUGUCUCAUGUCUCACAACAAUGCUCAUAGAAACUGCUAAGUGAGUAAGUAAGUAAGCUCUCGCAGAGUAUAUUGCCUGUAGAAGCACCAGUAAUAAUAAAUGGGUAAUGAUCUAAUACGCAUUAGCCUAAUCUCGACUUUCAUUUUUCAAUAUUAAAGCAGCUGGACUGUUUAUUGUGUACAGGUUUGUAGAAUAAUAAUUCUAAAUUGUUUUUGGUCUGAUGA